AGAGUCUGGCAAAAGGCAAAGCAAACUCCAGCCAUGGCUGUGGACAGCCCUGUUACGGAACUAGACAAAAUUCUUGAUGCCACUAAAAGGAAAAAACCUGAGGAGCUACUGGUCACGUACAAGGGGGUGCUAUACCCUAGUGCGCUGUGUCGUGCUGAGACCUUCCAAGCAUUGGACAUCAUGGAAGUUAGAAAAGAUGAUGUGUUCCUAGUUGCUUAUCCUAAAUGUGGAACAACUUGGGUUAAACACAUUUUAAAUGACUUAACAUCUGCAGUUUUAAAGAAUAAGGAGGAGGUACCACCAACAGAGCAUUCGCCACUGCUUGAAUUUGGAGUUCCAGAAAAAUUUCAGAAAAUAAAAAGUUUUCCUUCACCACGUGUUUUUGUCACACAUCUCCACUAUGAUAAUAUUCCCAAGGCUGUUUUUGGAACUAAAGCAAAGGUACUAGUGGUAUUUCGAAAUCCAAAAGAUGCAGCUGUAUCCUAUUACCACUUCUACGAGAAAAAUCCUGUGCUUCCAAAUGUCAGCUCCUGGGAUGAGUUCUUUCAGAAGUUCAUGAGUGGAGAAGUCUGCUGGAGCUCAUAUUUUGACCAUGCUCUUGCCUGGAACAAACACAUGGAUGAAGAGAAUAUCAUGAUCAUCACAUAUGAAGAAAUGAAAGAGAACUUACUUGGAGGAGUGAAACAAAUAGCUGAAUUUUUGGGGUUCUCUCUGCCUGAGGAGAAGAUUCAGUCUACUGCAGAGAAUGCCACAUUCGAAUCAAUGAGCAGUAAAUCCCAAGAAACACAUGGCAAAUUAGGUUCCAUCUUUUCAGAAAAGGGUACUGUUGGAGAUUGGAAGAAUUGGUUCACUGAGGCUCAAAGCCAAGAAAUGGAUGCCAAAUUUGAAGAAUGUUUAGCAGGAACAAAACUUGGAGCCAGGCUAAAAUAUGAUAAAUACUGCAAAUGCUAAAUCUUUGAAUAUCAGAAUGACAUUAGCAUUUACUCAGAAACAUCAUCUGUUUUACUACCUUUUGUUUGAGAAUGCAGAGAUUAAAAUAAUUAGACUUUCACGCAAGGAUUUGCACAAAAAACCCAAAAAACAACCAGGAGAGAGCUCUCCUGCUGCCAAAAAUUCCACCCCCAACAAGCGGCAGCAGCUUUGUUGGUAGGAGAGCGCUCCUGCCAACAAAGCGCUGUUUACACCAGCACUUUUCGUUGGCAAAACUUUUGUCGUUCGGGGGUGUGUGUGUUUUUAACACCCCUGAACAACAAAAGUUUUGUCAACGAAGAUCCGGUGUAGACACAGCUAAGAUAUACCUUGUGCUUCUGCCUUGAGGCAGCUUGAUGACAUUGCCAAACCACCAUAGUCAUCUAUGUUUAACUGAGUCCACAGUCUGUUGACUCGUGCCGUACAAUACUUACAUGGGAGACAUUGUGUAACCAAUGAGUUUCCAAAAUUCUUCUCAAACAAAGCUGGUGAAAUGCAUUCAUCUUUCUGUUUGUGUAUUCCAACAUCUGCUGCAUUUCUGACACUUACAGUAGUGUUGGAAGGAUAAUAGCAUUGUACAAUCUCAUUUCAGUGUGUAGCUGUAUCUUCUUACUUUUCCAGAUCUUUGACAAAUGAGAAAAUUAUUCACUUGCUUUGCCAAUUCUUUCCUUCACUUCUUUAGUAAGCUAGCCAUUAGAAGAUAUUGUAUUUCCAAGAUAAACAGUCAUCAACUCUUCUGUAUUUUUCCUCAUCAAUUACACAUCUGCCAUUGUUGACAGUAUUCUCUCCUAUAUACAUAAUCUUGGACUUCUGCAUACAGAUACCAAGUCCCACUUAGGCAGCUUCGGCUUUUAUGCUCAUAACAAAUCUUUUCAUUCCAUCCAUGCUGGUAUCCAGGAUGACUGUCAUCUGUUAAAUCAAGGUUCUCCAGCUUAUCUCUUGCUCAAAGAACAACAAUAUCGUUAACAACAACCAUCACUCUUCUCAUCACAAAAAGGAAGUUCAGAAGAGAAGUGAUGGUAGUAUGCAACCUUGCAUUACAUCAAUAAUAAUCUUAAACCAUUUCAUUUCUUUGCUAAUUUGGUAAAAACUUUGUAGGCCACGUCUGCAGACAGAACCAGGACAGACAGUAAUCUAUACUGAAAUGUGUCCAGAUCUUCCAAAGGCCUUCUUUAUGGACACUAUCAAAUCCUUUAAUAAAAUCAAUGCAAUCUAAAACUGUUUUCUGCUGGUAUUCUAAGCCUUUCUCAAUAAGUCUUCUCAAGGUGAAAAAUCUGAUUUGAACAUAACUCCUUAUUGAAAUCUAGCCUGUUCUUUCCUGAAUAUUUUUCAACAACCAUUUCAUCCUAUUCAAAAUGAUAAUGCAAAACACUUUUUCAGGUACAGAUAGGAGUGUCGCUCUUCUCCAGUUAUCACAAAUAAACUGGUUCCACUUUUCAGGGAUUAUACAGAUAACGCCUCUUCGCCAAUCUUUAGAAUACAUCUGCUUUUCCCAAACCAUUCUGUACAACCUUCACAUGUAAUUCAAAUCACUUUCUUUUCAGCUUUUAACAUUUCAGCAUCUGUUUUAUUAUAGCCUGGUGCUUUACCACUCUUCAGUUGGUUUAUGGCCUCAGUUAUUUCUUCAAAGAUGAUUACUUCUAGCAAUAUAGGUAAAUCCACUAUUUCUUCA